CUGCUCUCUGCGACAGAUCGGAGCGCAGCGAAACGGAACCGACUGGAUCGGGGAACGUUGAUUGCUUCAUCCUCAUUAAACUUGCUGCACUAAUUCACCAGCAUCAAAGGACAGCAGCUCUUGUGGUUUUUCACUUCCAGCAGUUUUAUUCUUAACUCUGUUGAACGGAAUACAGUGAUGCACGGCACCGGAGCAGAGAUGACCCCGGAGGUUUCAGCCGCCGCGAGUUUUGUUUGCAGACUAUUGCGCAGCCGCGGACGCUUGAGUGACGCGCAGCUACACGUUUUUAGAGACUGUCUCGCGCAGGCGCUAUCAGAACACUACCAGCACCACUGGUUCCCCGACAGGCCGCAGAAGGGAUCCGGUUACCGCUGCAUUCGGAUCAAUCACGAAAUGGACCCUCUGAUUGGCCGAGCGGCCGGUCGAAUCGGACUGACCAGCGGGCAGCUUUUCUCGCUCUUGCCACGGGAGCUGACGCUCUGGGUCGACCCGUACGAAGUGUCAUACCGCAUCGGCGAGGACGGCUCCAUUUGCGUACUCUACGAGGCCGAGCCGCCCGUCUCAAGCCCCGCCCCCUCGGCGUACGACCAGACGGCGAACUGCAAAAACCGCUUCAUGAUGAGCAGCCGCACAAGUCCACCCAAAAACUACCUGAUGAUGGUGUCCAGCUGAACGCACGCGACCGGUGUCCGCCGGUACCGCGCCUGACCGACCAACCGCCGAGAGUUUGCCGUUCCUGCGACUUCACAUUUCAGGCCUUUAUCUCAGAUGAACUUUAAAGCACUGGUUGUUACGCGACCGGACGAUAUUUUGGCACUGUUCCGUGUGGCUCUUGUUUAUUUUUACAAUCCCAAAACAGGUUUUGGGUGUUUUCACUGGUGCUCGCACACGGUUUCAGUGCAAUUACGAUGAUACCUCACGAGAAUGUAAAGCAAUUAAGGGCCUGAAACGGGCUUUGCGCAAACCUUUUAGCCACUUGACUUCAGAUUUCUGUACGUUUGCAAAGCUCAAUCAUGAUGAUAAUAAUUAAACAUGUUUGCGUUUUGCUUGCUAUAGCGCCACCUGUGGUGACUUUGAGAAUGCAACAUAUUUGCAUUCAGUACAUUUCAGGCCUAAAACUGUGGUGGUGCUUCAUAAUUUCUGCAGGAGCUGCUAACAAGACGGACGCCACG